CGCCGUCCAUGCGGGGAAGUGGCGUGCAGUUCCGUCCACCAAUAACAUCGCGCCCGAGUCAGCUGGAAUUCCGGUAUCAAUUCCGGUGAUUUCAUCCCUUCACUGCUUUCUUUUUCCGACUCUCUGCCUGUUUUCGCCUCUUCAGCAUCCCUUUCUUUUUUCUUCUCUUUAGCUCUCGUUAUGGAUUGAUGUCUGAAAAACAUCAUGACCGACUCCAGACGACGGCUGGCCCCCGCGCCGCCCGGUACCCCUGGUGGCAAUGAUACUCACCAGCGCAGGAAAAACGUCGGCACAGCCUGUUUGGCCUGUAAGGCUCGCAAGCUGAAGUGCACCGGAACCGCGCCUUGUGCGAACUGCCUCAAGAGCCGACUAGAAUGUACUCUGGAUCAAACCGCGGACAAGCGUCGCCGCGGAGCUUUAAAACGCAAAAUUGACCACCUGGAGGAGAAAGAAGAUCUGCUAUUCCGACUGGUCAGCCUCCUACGCGAAAGCGGCAACCGUCGCACCAUCCCUUUGUUGAAUUUGAUUCGGAGCAAUGCCAGCCUGCCGGAAAUUCAAUACUACGUCAACCACCAAGUGCCGCGAUCGGAGCUAUCCCGGACGCCCGAGCUCAUAGAGGUCAGUCACGACGUGCAGCGGUUACAGGAGUCGGACUCGCAGUCAAUGCAUCGUAUCCUAGUUGCGAAGCGGUUGUCGGAUCAGCCGUUGUUUCUGGUUCCUGCGAAACCCUGGACUAAUGUCGUCGCGGACAAUGAUUUCGUUUCACACCUCGUAUCGUUGUGGUUUACUUGGUUUCACCCCUUCUUUAAUUGGGUCGAUCGUGAGCGCUUUAUCCACGAUAUGCAAGCGGGGUUACUCGGGGCUAAAUUUUGCUCGCCGCUCUUGGUUAAUGCCAUUUUAGCGUAUGCAUGUGCAUAUUCAAAUUAUCCCGAAGCAUAUGCCGUUCCUGGGGACCCGUCCUCAAAAGGCGCCCACUUCUACGAUGAGGCAAAACGGUUGUUGGAUAAGGAGGAAGGGAGGAUUACCCUUCCCGCUGUUCAAGGGAUUGGUGUGUUAUGGGCGCGUGCCUGCAUGACCGGUCAGGACCGUCAGGGAUGGAUCUAUCGCAACCAACUAGCCUACUCAGCCCAUGAACUGUCGCAGAAGUAUUCAUUGCUCGCAUCAAAGGUUGAUGAAGAUGAGCUUCGCAUGGCACGGAUAGUCAAUAGUACCAAUUGGGGGUUAUUCAACUGCGCCACGACUCACGCUUUACUAUAUGGGAAGGCUCCCAUUAUUAAACCGCCGUACCAACCGUCUUUUUCCCCGGUGAAUGACGCGCCUGAAAAAGACGAAUGGCGGGCAUACCCGAUGCCCACAGAAGGAAACAAGAAGUCAUCACGCACAGCAACUUUAUUCAACGAGCUCUGUAAAUUGAAUAUAAUCGCACACGACGUCGCAGACUUCCAUUACAACAAAGAGACACCUGGAUCGCGCGUCCAGAUGGAACAAAAGACCUCCGAUUUCCAACGGCGUCUCAGUGAAUGGACCGACAGUCUUCCACAAUGUCUAAGAAUAGGGGAUGACGUCGAUGUGCCACACGUCCUCUGCCUCCAUAUGUAUUACCAUGCUAUCCUUAUCACAGUGUACAACUUCCACAAACCGUCGCCUGAAACCAAUACCAACGGCAUUCUCUACACCAACUAUGACACAAUCACCCCGGCCCAAGCCGAAGAUGUCUGUUUAUCUUCCGCCCGCAGCAUCGGCCACUGGGUGCAGAUCUAUCGAACCUCCUGGGACCUCGACCCCGUUCCCAUCUUCAACGUCCAAUGGAUAAAAUCGGCGCUGUUCGUCCUCCUAGAACACCUAGAGAAUCGCAAGAACUGCGAAGCUUUCGUUAUCCUCUGUAUCGCCGCCAAGGCUUUUUCCCGACGGUCUGAGAAGGCCAAGCCUGUCCUACGGUCGCUGCAGGAUACGGCCCGAGAGCUGAAGAUCAACCUACCGUUGGAGACAGCUCCGCUGUUCGCUGAAUUCGGGAGCCAGCGAUUUCCUCGUGCAGUGAGGAUUAAGGAAGAGACGAGUGAUCCGACAAGUAGUGACGUAUGAUUUUAUGAUCGGUAUACGAUAUUUCUGGACCCUUGAUGAUUUACUCGCAUUAGAUAAAAAUUGGAUGAUGAUAUAUACUAUUCCUAAUUGAUUUAUGUAAUGUUUACAAGAGCAUAAUAACGAAUAUAUACUGUACGUUAGCUGUAGGUAGUGUUAAAACCACCUAUUCUUCAUUUAAUAAGAGCGUUUGUAUCGUGCGCCUAUA